CUCUGCGAGUGACGUUCCGCGGCGAAGGGUGGGCGUCCCGGCCGCCGUACGUUCCCGCCGGGUGGCCGGGGUUGUCCCGCUCGACGCCGGCCCUGCGGCCAUUUUGAGCUCGGUUAGUCCCCGCGCCCGUCUGCUGGGCCGCCCAGCCCUUGCGGGGGGACGCGCUGCGAGGGGUGGGAAGUCGUGCUGCCGCCGCGAGAGGCCUCUGUAUGGUGCCUCGAGCGGAUUAGGACCCUCCUUCCCGCCGGGAUGGGUAUCGCCGCCGCCCGCGCCAGCCUCUCCGGACUGCCGUCUGCUGCCCGCGGCCGAGGCCGCCGCCCUCUGUGGCUCUUCUGCUGCCCCGGGGACCGGUCUGGGACGCCGACUCCGCCACGAGGCGAGGUCGGGGCCGUGUAGGCCUCCCCGCCUCGCGUCCGAUCCAGCCGCCGGGCCGCACACCUCGCUGAGACCCUGCCGGGAGCAGAGGCCAUGGAGCCGGGAACGGACCUGCCGCCCUUCUUCCCCCGGCGCUCGCCACCCGGCGCCGCCGCCGAGCACCCCGGGGACCCCAAGCCGCUGUCCUCGCCCGGGCCCGAGGCUCGGUCCAGCUUCUGGGUGAAGCUGCUCUCCCAGCUCCUGGCGCCGCUCCCCGGCCUGCUGCAGAAGCUGCUGGUGUGGAGCCAGCUCCUCGGCGGCCUGGUUCCGGCCCGGUGGCUCGAGUUCGCCGCGGGCUACAGCGUCCUGAGGGCCCGGGAGGAGCCCGCCGCCCCCGCGGGGCCCAAAUCUGUGAGUUCGCUGGGGCUGGACGCCUCGGUCGACCCCGCCGCCGCCGAUCUUCUGGACCUGCUGGAGGAGGGGAUGCACUGGGAGUGCUCGCCCCCCGACCCGAAAGCCCAGGGCCGGGCCUCGCAUCCCGCGCCCCACGCGGCUCUGCUGGAGCAGCAGCUGUGGCGCGUGGAGCUGUUGCAGGGCGGCCUGACCGCCCGGCUGUUAUCUGGCCGGGACCUUGGCCUGGCGCCCUGCGGGCCGCAGCACGUUCACCGCGUCAGCAGUUUCAGUGCCGUCUCCUAUUUGCUGAGCCCCUCUUAUCUGGACUGCCUUUCCCCGCUGGAGCGGAGCUGUCAGAACUUCAUCGCCAGUGGCGAGCUCCUGGACUUGCAGCCGGUAACCGGCCCGGAGAGCUGCUGUCCCCCGGAGGACUGUUCUCCCCCGCGGCCGCUGAAGGCAGAGGUCGCCUGCUCCUCCUGGCAGGAAUGCCCGCCUCGCUCGAGGGAAGGCCUGCCCGAGAUUCACCACGUUCGCAUGAAACGGCUGGAAUUCCUUCAGCAGCCUAGCAAGGGGCAGGCGUUACCCACGCCUGACCAAGAUCAUGGCUACCAUAGCCUGGAGGAGGAACACAGCCUCCUCCGGAUGGACCCGAAGCCCUGCGGAGGCGUUCUUCCUGCCGGAGCCAGUCCUGGAACCGCCCAGGAGCCCACGGGAGAAAGACAAGAGUUGACCGAAGAGGCUCCUCUUGCUGGGGAAAGGCAGGGCCCAGUGGAAAGUCUGUCUGGUGAGGCACCUAUGGAAAGAGAGCCCGAGGAGGACCACCUAAGUGUAGCUGACUUCUCAGACAUAGACGAUGACCUUCCCGUGUCUGCCAGGCCGGCCUGUAGCAACCGGUUGAUAGAUUACAUUUUGGGAGGUGCGGCCAGUGACCUGGAAGCAAGUUCUGACUCAGAAGGUGAGGAUUGGGAUGAGGACGCUGAGGAUGACGGCUUUGACAGUGAUGGCUCGCUCUCAGAAUCAGACCUUGAGCAAGACUCUGAAGGGCUUCACCUUUGGAACUCUUUCCACAGUGUAGAUCCUUAUAAUCCCCAAAACUUUACAGCUGCGAUCCAGACUGCUGCCCGAACUGCUCCUGGAGACCCCUCUGACUCAGACAAGGAUCUGUCUGACAAGUCUGAUCUGGAGGAGAGUUCUCCCCAGACUGGAAGCCUCCUUCCUGAGUCUCCUGACUGUAAUUCUGGGGAGGAAGAUGACUGGGAAUCUAGUGCAGAUGAAGCAGAGAGCCUCAAACUGUGGAACUCUUUCUGUAAUUCGGAUGACCCCUACAACCUUUUAAAUUUUAAGGCUCCUUUUCAAACAGCAGGGAAAAGUUGGAAAGGCUGUCAUGACUCAGAGAGGCCAUCUGAGCCCAUUGUGACCAUCUCUGAGUGUCACGCUUUACUUUCCUGUGAGGUGCAACUGUUAGGGAGCCGAGACAGUGAAUGUCCAGACUUGGUAAGGGGUGGGGUUCUUUCUGGAGGACACACGCAUAUCAAGAGAAAAAAGGUAACCUUCCUUGAAGAAGUUACUGAGUAUUAUAUAAGUGGUGAUGAGGAUCGCAAAGGACCAUGGGAAGAAUUUGCACGGGAUGGAUGCAGGUUCCAGAAACGAAUUCAAGAAACAGAAGACGCUAUUGGAUAUUGCUUGACAUUUGAGCACAGAGAAAGAAUGUUUCAGAGACUCCAGGAAGCAUGCUUCAAGGGACUUGAUGCUUUCUAGCCAAGUUCAGAUGACGUAAUAGCCUCCAGCCCUAGCAUACACUAAGUAACUCUUACUUCAGAGGUUUCUUUCAAGACAAAAAUUGGCAGCUGUCCUUGGACCAUUUUUUUUUUUUUAGAGGAUAUGUAACUUGGAUCCAGCAACCUUGUUUAAUAUUGUUUUGCAACAUAUCCCACUCAGAAAUGUCCAGGUUGGAAGCCAAGCCCUGAUAAUGAAGGAUGAGAUGUGUGAUUUCUGAUCUUACCUUGUUUCUUUAGUCAGAUGUGUUUUUGGAUUGUGUUUGCUUCUUGAGGUGAAAAAGGAACCUCUUAAGGUGUAACUCUGCACUUUCAAAACUUAUUUUCUUGGGAAACAAUGUAGGGUUCAAAGCCCAUUUUAUAUUUUAAUUUAAAUUACGUGUACCUGUCUAAAAACUGGGCUCUUUUUACUUUUUUCCUCCAACAUUCUUUUUCCCCCCAGUUUAUCUUUAUUGUUGAAAGUGCUACAAUUGUCCUUUUUCCCCCUCACUGACCCCCCCCUUCACCCCACACCCGCCCCAGUUUAUUUUAUUUUUUCUCCAUUGAUUUCAGAAAGAGGGAGGGGGUGGGGGAGCGAGAGCGAAACAUAGAUAAAUUGCCUCCCAUACUCGCCCCAACCUGGAUUAGGGAUGUGCCCUGACUGGGAAUCGAACCCAACACCUUUUGGGAUGACACUCCAACCAACUGAGCCACACCGGCCAGGGCUUUUCCCUCUAACAUUCUGAAAUUAAUGGGCUUUUAUGUUUUCUCUGUAUUAUCUUAUUCAGUGACUUGGCCUUUCCACCUUAAGGCUAAGAAAAUAAUCUUGUGUAUGCUACCAAUUUAAGGUACAUUAUUUUGUGUCACUUUUUUUUUCUUCGUAAGAAAAUGGGUAGGCUUUCAUUUCUAGGUUAAUUAUUACUAAGAUAUUUCCAAGGAUUGCCACAAAAUCAACAUGUGUGUACUCUGUUACUUUAGGAAAGCUACAUCUUUCUGCCAAAUUUUAACAUCUAAUAUAUUUAAUUUCCGUGCAAAAUGUUUUGGAGAGGGUCCUGUAUAUGUUAUUGUAGUUUCUAGGUAAAUGGUUCUUUGUAUCUUUUAACAGAUGGAAAUUGUUGUAAAAGAGAUCAGAAAGUAAUAAUUACAUCAUAGGUAUUUAUAUUUUUUAAAAUUAAAAGCUUAGAAUUCUCCUAGGAAGAAUAUAAGAGACAUCAGAGCCAUGUGGUUUUGUUGUAUAUGCUCUCAACAGAAAGCAGUGUUAUUAUGUCAGGCCUCGGCACUGUGUCACUUAAAAUCUGUCAGGGUGACACUGUCAACUUGGGAAUGGGCAGUUUGGAAUUUUCCAGUUUGAAAUGUAAAAUAGAGACUUCAGUCAGUAUCCAAGUUUAUUGUGUUCUGUUUUAAUAAGGAGAGAAGGAAUAAUGAGAGAAGCAGGGGCUAUACAUUCAGGAAAGGAAAGGACUAUAGAUUUAACAACCAGGAAGGCUUAAUAGCUCUAGCCCCAAAUUUGCGUUUGAAUCCAAGUUUUUGCAGUGACUGGUUGUGCUUGGUUCAUUUAGGUAGCUCCACCUGGUGUGCACCUGUUAGGUUGAGGGAGUGCUAACCAACUCCUUAACGGUCAAUUGUUACUCCACGUGCCUCUUGUCAUGGAAAACGUGAGUAGAAUAGAUGACCUCUUAAUUUUGAACUAGUUUCAUUGUAGGGAUGAUGUUUCAUUAGAAGUGCUUGCAGGGUUACUACCUCAGUUAAUAAUCUACUUGGUCAUUUUAUUUCUAUCUGGUUUGCUCCAAGAACUGCCUCUAGCGUUCAUAUAUAUAUAUAUUUUUUUCACAUAAACACAUGGAGAGUGCAGCAGCAUAUGGUCAGAUUCUUGUCAAGGUGUUUUGUGCUCCCCCGCGUUAGGUAGUCAUAGGGAAUGUGAAGCACCAUGAAAGUAGGUUGGUUCCAGGCACCAGCUGUGUCAGGUGGAAAGAAGGCAUUAUUUGCCCUGAAAAAAGCUUGUUGAAAAUGCAUAUGCAUUCUUUAAAACCGGAGUGAAGUAUACUACCUUAUGUCAGAGAUUUAGGUUGUGUUUUGUGCUUCUGAAGUCUAGCACCUCUGCCGAUACGGAAAGCAGGCUAUUUUACAUUAACUGGAUUGCGGGAGAUUGUUCUCUUGGAAUUCCAACCUCAACCUCACUACCAAAUGAGUAACAGCGUGGUUAACAAUUCUCCCUUUUACUUCCCUCCUUUAAAAGAAGUGAUCAGAGGGUGGUGAGAAGGACAGAAGGGAUCAUGUUUAAGUUGGAUUGAAGGAGAAAAACAAUUCUUGUUAGUUUCAUUCCAAUCCUAGUUGUUGAAACGAAGUUAGACCACCAUCUUAAAACAAAAAUCCUUGGAAAUUCUAAUCGAACAUUGCAUUUAAAGUCUUGCAAUGGUGCUUUAUGUAUCAGUGUAACAUGUGAAAGGCUUCGUACAGACAGGUAAAAUUUCCCUUUUUGAGUGUAAUAACAGCACCUCUUCAUCAUUAACUUGAAAUCAAAACUAUCAGAUCUUAUUUUUUUAUAAUUUAAGGAAGGUGAAUUUCGGGGGCUAGAAGAUGUCUGAAUUGGCUUCUACUGAUCCAAUGAGUAAAAUGUAACCAUUUUGUUGGGAUUUUAUAGUAAAAUUCUAUUUGUGUAUAUAAUUUAAUCUGUACAUUGUAAUAAAUACAUUUGCAAUUAUUAAAUUUUAUGUGAUA